CUGCACAGUGCAGUUGGUAGCCUGUUUAACCUAAUCAGCUGUGUCUUCCCUUGAAAAGGUACGACAGCACGGUGAAAAUGUCGCGCAAGGCGAUAAAGUCGAUUAAUUGGGCGGCACUCGCCGAAAAAAUUCCACAAUCCGAAAAACCUGCAUUCGCCACUUUUAAAGCUAAAUCCGAUCAACAUUUGCGACGAAUGGUUGCAAACCCGGAGACACCUCCAAAAAUUGAUUGGACAUAUUAUAAGAAAAAUGUCCCCAUAGUUGGAUUGGUUGACAAAUUUCAGAAGGAAUACGACGCAUUCAAGGUGCCAUAUCCUGCGGAUAAAUAUACCUCACUAGUCGAGGCUAAAGAAAAGGAAGUGCUUGUUGAAAUCGAGCAAUUUAUUAAAAAGUCGAAUGAACGUAUCGCCGCUGCUACUCAGGAAGCCGAGAGAGUUAAGAAUUUAUUGCCAUUCUCUGAUAUGACAAUGGAAGAUUUCCGAGUCAGUUUUCCGGACGAGGCUAUAAAUACCGACAAACCUACAGUCUGGCCACACACGCCUGAUGUGCAACCUGAGAAUGAAACAGGACGACCAUCACAUUAACUCAUUUAACCUCAGACGGUUGAAAUGUUGAAUGUAGUAAUAAUUUACGUUUAGCGUAUAAUUCAGAACUCUGCGCUAAAUUGAAAAAAAUAUUGUCUUUUAAUUCUGUUAUUGUCAUAUGCAUCCGGAAAUAGAUUUAUGUCUACAGAAAGCUAUAGUAAUCCUUUCACACCACAAUUUAUACUUGUAUAAAUAUGUAACGGAAUAGAGAUAUCAAAAAUAUUAAUUGCUCGAUUAUAUAAGCCUUAUUUCGAAUAUUUAUAUGAACAGAGAUAUUUAUUUAUCCUAAUUUUAAAAUGUCUUCGAAUUCCUUAAAUUACAAUCGUUAACAUUUUGCAGAAUUAUAUCAUCGAAUAACAGUUUUGAAACAAUAUUUGAUAUUUAUAAAUUUAUUACAAAUUAUAGUACAAACGUUUCGGCCAUUGUAUUUGCAUUACACUUCCUCAGUGUACAUGAACUAAGCUAAUAUGAUAAAAAAUUCUUUGAUAACAUAAAAGAUGUGUAAGAACGUGGCCGAAAUGUUUGUACUAUAAUUUGUAAUAAAUAGUUGAGCACUUAAAACCUGGCUCUGGCUCUAUUAGCUCAUUUUUUAAUGUAUUUUGAUUAUUAUUUAAUAAAAGAGCCCGUCAUAACCUG